AUGGGAACUACAGGGAAGUCUUACAUUCACCUUAAAUAUACGGUCAAACAAUCUCAAUCUCUAUCACAGGAUCAGUAUCCUCAUGGUGCAACAAUCCUUGGCGUAAUUGGCGGCUCAGACAAGACCAUUGUAACGCGAGGCACUGGAAACUUGGAGAUGCAUCCGACUUUCUUUACACUUGCAAACAUAAAUUCGGAAGUUCGCAUGAAAGCCACCUCUCAUGCAUGGAUGUGUAAGGCUAUCAUGCCGACGCCAGUCUUCUGUGAUGUCCAUUCUGAAAUCCAAACACUUCUCGAAGCAUGGCUAUGGCAUCGCUGCAUGGAUAUUAUCAGCUGCAAUUUAAAGCAUGCGGCUAAGUACGGCCAGCUAGCUCCUGACCCUCAUGGUGUUAUACGAGCGACAUUCACGCCGCUCGUCGCUUGGACCGCCGACCUACCUGAACAGCAGCUUAUUGCAUGUACAAGCAAGAGUGCCUCCCCUAUUUCCACCGCCACCACAGCCGAGUUUGGUGACACUUAUCCUCACACUCCUCGCACAUACUCUUGA